GACUGCUUUCGGUGUCUAUCACAUUGCAUGAGAGAUCCUGGGUUAGGGGACAAAAGCUGAGACCAGCCAGCCCUGCCUCCCUUUGUGGAGGUGGAUCUUCAAGGAGACUUUGAUCUUUGCCUAGCUCCAGCUUGUGGAGGGAGGGGCUCGAGUUACAGCAUUCCCCCCAAUACCCCCCACUGGCCAGAGCUGGCCCUUCUCCGCCCCUUGGUGACCUUUGUGGCCAGUAGCUCUGAGCUUCAGGGCCUCUGGCCCCUCCCCAACCCUCCUUUCUCUCCCACUGGUGCUGACCAGGGCCUGGAAGUCACCCCACCCCCAGUGGUUGGGAGAGGGGCCAGGCUGGGGAGAGUUAGGCAGCUGCAUGGAUAAGCUCUGAGAGCUCUGUGGCCCUAGAGCCUACGGUUUGGGGGUACUAGGAGGGAGCAUCUGCUGUGGACUCCAGAUUUGGGGGUGGGGAAACAGCCAUCAGAGAGGGAGGAGCAUCCAAGGCAGGGGCAGCAGUCCUACAGGGAGUCCCAGCUCUGUGGUGUCUGAGGGGUCAGCAGCCAUAUCCCCCAUCCCCUGCCCCAUGGUCCCCAUGCCCUCCCUCCAGCUGCUCCUGCCUCUGCUGCUCAUCAUCGGCAUCAUAGGGCUGACCUCAGGGGCUGGCCUGCUGCCAGAGCCUGGGAGCCACCCUGGUGUGUGCCCCAACCAUCUCAGCCCCCACCUGUGGGUAGACGCCCAGAGCACCUGUGAGCGUGAGUGCACCAGGGACCAGGACUGUGUGGCCUCUGAGAAGUGUUGCACCAAUGUGUGUGGGCUACAGAGCUGUGUGGCAGCCCGUUUUCCUGAUGGUGGCUUGACUGCACCUGCAACAGAGGCAGCCUCCUGCGAGGGCUUCCAGUGCCCACAGCAGGGAGCUGAUUGCGACAUCUGGGGUGGGCAGCCUGUAUGCCGCUGCCGUGACCGCUGCGAGAAGGACCCUAGUUUUACCUGUGCAUCAGAUGGCCUCACCUACUACAACCGCUGCUACAUGGAUGCUGAAGCCUGCCUCCACGGCCUCCACCUGCAUGUUGUACCCUGCAAGCAUGUCCUCAGCUGGCCACCCAGCAGCCCAGGGCCACCUGAAACCACUGCCCGUCCAACACCUGAGGCUGUCCCCAUGCCACCUGCCCUGUACAGCAGCCCCUUACCACAGGUGGUGCAUGUGGGGGGCACAGCCAGCCUCCUCUGUGAUGUCAGUGGCCAGCCACCCCCCACUGUGACCUGGGAGAAGCAAAGCCACCAGCGAGAGAACCUCAUCAUGCGCCCUGACCAGAUGUAUGGAAAUGUGGUUGUCACCAGCAUAGGGCAGCUGGUGCUCUACAAUGCCCAGCCGGAGGAUGCCGGCCUAUACACAUGUACUGCACGCAAUGCUGCUGGCCUGCUGCGGGCCGACUUUCCCCUCUCUGUGGUACAGCGUGCACUGGCCAGGAACAGGGCCCCAGGCGUCCCAGCCCUGGCCCAGUGCCUUCCUGACACACAGGCCUGCGCCAGUCUCACUGUUCCUCACCACAUCCUCUGGCACUUUGACCCACAGAGGGGUAGUUGCAUGACUUUCCCAGUCCUUGAAUGUGAUGGAGCCGUGCAGGGCUUUGAGACAUAUGAGGCAUGCCAACAGGCCUGUGCCCGUGGCCCUGGAGACACCUGCCUUUUACCAGCUGUGCAGGGUCCCUGUCAGGGCUGGGAACCACGCUGGGCCUACAGUCCACUGCUGCAGCAGUGUCACCCCUUCAUGUACAGUGGAUGCGAGGGCAAUGGCAACAACUUUGAGAGCCGUGAGAGCUGUGAAGAUGCCUGCCCUGUGCCCCGCACACCACCUUGCCGAGCCUGUCGCCUCCGGAGCAAGCUGGCAUUGAGCCUGUGCCGCAGUGACUUUGCCAUUGUGGGGCGGCUCACAGAGGUGCUGGAGGAGCCUGAGGCUGCAGGUGGCAUCGCCCGCGUGGCCCUCGAUGAUGUGCUUAAGGACGACAAAAUGGGUCUUAAGUUCUUGGGCACCAAGUAUCUGGAGGUGACCCUGAAUGGCAUGGACUGGUCCUGUCCCUGUCCUAAUGUGACGGCUGGUGAUGGGCCACUGGUUAUCAUGGGUGAGGUACAUGAUGGUGUGGCUGUACUAGAUGCUGGCAGCUAUGUCCGUGCUGCCAGUGAGAAGCGUAUCAAGAAGAUCAUGGAGCUGCUGGAGAAGAGGGCCUGUGAUCUACUCAAUCGAUUCCAAGACUAGCCUUGCCUGCCAGCCUUACUCUUUUCUUUCUUCCUACUGAAUAAAAACAUGCCCCUAACCCUUGGAACUUGUGGCCUGCUGAUGCUGGUUAGGGGACACUCACUCUUCCAUAUGCUUCCACACCUAGCCAGCUAGGGUCUUGUUGCCAGUUGGGGCUUUGGCCCCAUCUGAGGUUACCAAGCCCAGUUCAUGGCUAGAUUCAUCCGUGGACCCACAGCAGUCUCUCCAAGAACACAGACAGGCCAAAUCCACUC